UUUCUCCUUCUGCUCGGACCUUAUCGUUUCUCAAACUGAGCUCUUUCUAGUGUUUUACGCGCUUGACAGAUACCGGAGUAGUAAAGUCUGCUCGUGUUGCUCAGUCGCCCGUAAAUCUUUUUGUCCUUGCACUGCGCCUCCGUGGCAAUGGAUUGAUUUCUGUGUUUUUUCUCCGACCUCUGCCUCGACCAAGUUGAGAAAACAGUCUCUCUAACCUGCGGCUCUUUUUCCAGCUACAUGUUUCAUCCGGCCAGUUUUAAAAGUACCUGGCUCCCGAUGUUUCUGCACAUGUUAGGACUUUGAACGUUUUUUUUCCGUGUGCAUUUAUAGGAGGUGGCCGGGGAUUUUAAGGAUUUCUUUUUUAAAAGCUUCCCCGGAGUUCCUGAAGCCUGCAAAGAUUUAUUUGUGAAAAGUGAUGGCCGAGCGGGGAGCUCUGUCGCUCCUCUCUCUCCUCUGUCUCACCUUUCUCUACACGGAGACCACCGUGGCAAAGCAUGUCGACAAAGGUUCAGCAGCGCAGCCCUUCAGCCCCUUCUGGUUUACAGUGGAGCCCCAGGACACACUGGCCAUUCGGGGGAACUCGGCACUGCUCAACUGCUCGGCCCACAGCGACGCAGCUACGACGGCACGCAUAGAGUGGAAGAAAGACGGCACCUUCAUGAGCCUAGUUUCAGACGAGAGACGACACGUACUUCCCGAUGGCUCUCUGUUCUUCACCCACGUGGUCCACUCUAAGCACAAUAAGCCUGAUGAGGGAACCUAUCAGUGUGUUGCCACUAUCGAUAACCUGGGAUCCAUUUCCAGCCGCACAGCCCGUCUCUCUGUAGCAGGGAUGCCCAGGUUCGCCAGCCAGCCAUCGCCAGCCACUGUGCAUCUAGGUAGCAGCCAGGUCAUGGCGUGUGAGGUCAACUCAGAUCUGGUGCCCUUCACCCGGUGGGAGAAAGACCGCCAGCCGCUGGAGCUGAGCACCAGGCUGGUCCAGCUGCCCAGUGGAGCUCUGGUGAUCAGCAACACCUCAGAGGCUGACGCAGGCCUUUACCGCUGUCUGGUGGAAAAUGUGGGGUCAUCCAAGUCCAGCGAUGAGGCCCAGCUCCAGAUAGAGCCAGAAACCGGAGAAGAGAGGAAGCUGGAGUUCCUGGUGCAGCCUAUGUCUGUGACCAAGGUGGUGGGCGCCAGCGUGCUGCUGCCCUGCGCGGUCACUGGUUAUCCCACGCCGCAUGUCCGUUGGAUGUUUGGAGACAAGCUGCUAGAAGAAAGUGAGGGUCGUGUGGAGGUGCUGGGAGGAGGCAGUCUCCAAAUCUCCAAUCUCACUGAGGAGGAUGCCGGCAUCUACACCUGCACCGCGGACAAUGGCAACGCAACCAUUGAAGCACAGGCCCAACUCACCUUACAAGUUCCUCCCCAGUUUGUCAAGCGGCCAGCCAACAUUUAUGCCCAUGAGUCCAUGGACAUCGUCUUUGAGUGUGAGGUUUCAGGAUCACCAGCUCCCACCGUCAAAUGGGUCAAGAAUGGAGAUGCUGUGAUCCCCAGUGAUUACUUCAAAAUAAUUAAGGAGCACAACCUGCAGGUUCUUGGUCUGGUCAAGUCAGAUGAGGGUUUCUACCAGUGCCUUGCAGAAAACGAUGCAGGCAACAUCCAGUCCAGCGCCCAGCUCAUCAUCUUAGAUCACGACAUAGCCCUGCCCUCUUCCCCUCCCCCUUCACUGACUCCUAACACUACUGACCAUGUAACACCAGGCUCCGGAGGUGUAGCCAGUCCAGCAGGGCCCACCCCCUCUGCCCCCAGGGAUGUUGUGGCUUCACUGGUUUCCACCCGCUUCAUCAAGCUGACCUGGCGCCCGCCGGCCGAACCCCACGGAGAUGAGUUAACCUACUCCGUUUUCUACAGCCAGGAGGGCACUAGCAGGGAGCGAGUGCUGAACACCAGCCGUCCAGGAGAGAUGCAGGUCACCAUCCAGAACCUCAUGCCAGACACCAAAUAUCGCUUCAGGGUUGUGGCCCACAACAGCAACGGCCAAGGAGAGAGCUCUGCAUCGCUCAAAGUGGCCACCCAGGCUGAAGUCCAAGUGCCGGGCCCUGCUCCUAACCUGCAGGCGGUGUCCAACACGCCAACCUCUGUCUCUCUGAGCUGGGACAAACCGCUCACUGGCAACGGAGAGAUCCUCACCUACAAGUUGUACUACACAGACAAAAGCAUUGGCAAUGAAGAGGACGUUGACAUUGACAGUCAGUCGUACACCAUGACUGGGCUGAAGAAGAACACAGAGUACAGUUUCCGUGUGGUGGCCAACAACAAACACGGUCCAGGUGUUUCCACUGAGGACGUCGUAGUUCGCACCCUCUCUGACGUACCAAGUGCUCCUCCUCAAAACCUCACUCUGGAGGUCCAGAACUCAAAGGGUAUCAUGCUUCGGUGGCAGCCCCCACCCCUUAACGGCCAGAACGGGGAGAUCACCGGCUACAAGAUCCGAUACCGGAAAGGAUCCCGGAGGAGUGAAGCAGCCGAGACCACUGGAGGAACCCAGCUUUUCAAGCUCAUAGAUGGUCUGGAGCGUGGCACAGAGUACUCCUUCCGAGUGUCGGCCAUGACGGUGAACGGCACGGGCCCGGCCACCGAGUGGACCACAGCAGAGACGUUUGAGAGCGACCUGGAUGAAUCACGUGUACCAGACCAGCCCAGCUCCCUCCAUGUCCGGCCACUGGUCAACAGCAUCGUGGUGAGCUGGACGCCGCCAGAGAACCAGGACAUCGUAGUGCGCGGUUACACCAUCGGCUACGGCAUCGGCAGUCCUCAUGCUCAGACCAUCAAAGUGGACUACAAGCAGCGCUACUACACCAUCGAGAACCUUGACCCCAGCUCGCACUAUGUGAUCACGCUGAAGGCCUUCAACAACGUGGGUGAGGGGAUUCCUGUGUAUGAGAGCGCCAUCACCAGACCACAGUCAGACCCCAUAGACCCUGAUGUUGAUUUCUACGAACUCUUCCAUGCUCCAUACACCCCAGUACCAGACCCCUCUCCCAUGAUGCCACCCGUGGGUGUUCAGGCCUCCGUGCUGAGCCAUGACACCAUCAAGGUGACCUGGGCCGACAACUCGCUGCCCAAGAACCAAAAGAUCACAGAUAACCGUUUCUACACCGUGCGCUGGAAGACCAACAUUCCUGCCAACACUAAAGUGAAGAUGGCCAACACCACCAGCCUGAACCACAUGGUGACGGGUCUGAAGCCCAACACGCUGUACGAGUUCUCCGUCAUGGUGACCAAAGGCCGCCGUACCAGCACGUGGAGCAUGACGGCACAGGGCACCACCUUUGAGACCAUUCCCAGCUCUUCCCCGAAAGAUGUGACCGUGGUGAGCAAAGAGAACAAACCUCGCACCAUAAUUGUCAACUGGCAGCCUCCCUCUGAGGCCAAUGGAAAGAUCACGGGCUAUAUCAUCUACUACAGUACGGAUGUAAAUGCUGAGGUCCACGACUGGGUUAUUGAACCAGUGGUGGGCAACCGCCUGACCCACCAGAUCCAGGAGCUGACGCUGGACACCACCUACUACUUCAAGAUCCAGGCCCGGAACUCAAAGGGCAUGGGCCCCAUGUCUGAGGCCGUGCAUUUCCGCACUCCAAAGACCUCAAUUCCACCAAAGCCGGGGCCUCCAGGAAACCAGCAUCCACACGACCCUGGAACUGCAGUUGGUAAAUCAGGGGUGGGAGGCAACGGUGAAAAUCACAUCCUGGUCAUUGUCAUCAUCAUCUCAGUGGGAGCCUUCACCAUCAUCGUGGUGGUGGUGGGGGCCUUCCUGUGCACACGGCGCACCACGUCCCACCAGAAAAAAAAGCGGGCUGCAUCAAAGUCCUCAAACGGCUCCCACAAGUACAAGGGAAACUCCAAAGACCUGAAGCCACCUGAUCUUUGGAUUCACCACGAGAGGCUGGAACUCAAGCCCAUGGACAAGUCACCAGACCCCAACCCAGUCAUGACCGAAACGCCCAUCCCCCGCACCUCGCAGGACAUUACGCCGGCUGACAGCGGCCUUGACAGCAAUCCCCACCUGCAGCAGCGGCGCAACUCCUACCGUGGCCACGAAUCAGAGGACAGCAUGUCUACACUAGCAGGCCGACGAGGGAUGAGGCCUAAAAUGAUGAUGCCUUUUGACGCACAGCCACCUCAGCCUGUGAUUAGUGCUCACCCCAUCCAUUCCCUUGAUAACCAUCACCACCAUUAUCACAUGGGCAGCCUGGCGUCGCCGACACGCAGCUACCUCUACCACCAGGGCAGCGGGCACCCACGCCCGCACGCCUGCGCCACCCCCAUCUCCCAUCUAGACAGGGUGGACUCUACAGAGUCGGUGAGGAAUACCCCCAGUUCAGAGCCCCUCCCUCCAGCCACAGCCUCCUCCCAGGCCUCCUGCCCCUCGGAGAUCCUGGCCGACCCCGAGGGCAGCUACCACGGCUCCACCACCACAGAGGAGGAGCCCAGCUACUCCAGCAACCUGCCCCCCCACCGCCCGGCCCACCCGCACGCCCACCCACUCAAGAGCUUCGCCGUACCUGCAAUCCCAGCGACCAGCCAUCCAUCAUACGAGUCGCCUGCCCUGCCCAGCACCCCUCUGCUGGCUCAGACCGGGCCUCCCACUCACCCCCACGUUGUUAAAACAGCCUCUAUCGGGACACUAGGAAGGACACGAACGCCGAUGAUAGUCACUGUGCCCAACGCUCCUGAUGUGCCAGAGACCAGUAAGAUGCUGGAAGAUGUAGACAGCGUGCUUGCCUCCCUCCCCCCCUGCCCCUCCCCCGCCCCCCGCAGUAACCCUGUUCCUCUCCCUCAGAGCUACGAGCCCGACGAGCUGACCGAGGAGAUGGCCCACCUCGAGGGCCUCAUGAAGGACCUGAACGCCAUCACCACAGCGCCAUGAGCAUGCACACACACCAUCGCACACGCAGACACACACACACACACACACACCCACACACACUGACAUCAAACACACCCAAACACACACCUUGGGAGCCAGACGCUGGUGGACACAAAACGGCUUCUUGUGCCCAAGAAAAACUCUCACGUCCCCCUGCAAGAAAAAAAAAACAACUCCAGACUGAAACUUAGGAACUUUUUUCGGCGUACCUUGCUCAGUCUCAGGAAGGAGAUUGCCAUGAGAGGGAAGAAAAAGUGACACGCUUCAUCUUUUUAUGAAGACCCAUUCUCAGAGACAAUGAACUUUAAAACAUUGGUCGCUUUCAACCGGAAGAUUGUGAAUUUUUUCCUCAGCAAAAAUACGCGCGGUAGGUUUUUCUUGUUGCGAACGCUCACUCGAGAUGAGACGGCUGUCGAUUCAAUGUCAAGUCAAAAGGAGAAAGUCCAAAAAUAUGCUGGUUUUGAUGUUGGUGCUCAUGCGGCGCAGUCUACACACAGUGUUUGUUUGAUUAGUGUUUUCUUUGUGCAUUUUGUAUAUCUAUUGGGCCGUUUCAGUGAAGUGAACUCUGGAUAUCAGCCCCCCCUUUACAAGCCUACAUUAUUCAUAAACGUGGUCAUUUUUUUUGUUUUUACCCCCUUGUGUCAUAUAUUGUGCCAUGACUUUUUAUUAUUUUCUAUGUUAUUGUAUUAUUUUUUUACACACAUAUCCUUAUAAACAUGUACAUAUGUUGUGUUCUUUUUUUUAAACUGCCUCAUUCUUUUGAUGUUUCCCGUAUUUCAUUGUUAUUAUUUGGGAUGAAAGUGGGAUUACAGAUGAGUCCUGAAGCUCAGUUUUCAUAUCAAGGGGAGAGAAGCCUGGUGUGUUUCUACAGUACAUUCUUCUCUGGCAUUGUGUUGCCCGCUUUGUACAUUAAAACGUCUUCUCUUUCAGUCUUUUGUUCGUUGUGGGAGCUCCGUUUUAAAAGCCUUACCAACGUGUUUGUACGUCGGACGGUCGAGACGACUCGGCUCUCCGUGGAAGUCGCUCGGAGUUGUGCUGUCGCUCACUGCCGCGGCAGUUUCUUUAUAGUUCUCUGUGGGACUUGACAAUAUCUCCCCACAGGUCAGGGGUACCUAGGACUCAGGGCGCUGACCCCCACCCCUCCUAAAAAAUAAAAAAAAAAUUUAAAAAAGGAAAAAAAAACCUCACAUGGCACCCGGUCAAUCCAUCAAUCACCUGCAACAGACGAGUUAUCUUUUAUACGAGAAGUUCGGUCGAGUGUGUGUGUGUCGUUUCAAAAAACCAAUAUUUGGUUUCAGACGUCUGUACCGCUGAACCACGUGUGCGUUUCCCCACAGCGGAGCGUGUUUGCUGUGUUUUCCUGCUGUUCUUCAUCAGAUGCCCUGGUUCUCUUACAAAUCUUACAAGACGCAAAGAUGUUGGCCUUUUGAAUGGGACUCCCAGAUUUUUUUUUACAUGGUAGUUUUUGUAUGAAGAAGAAAAAAAAAAAAGAAGCUUGUUCUAUACACGAAUCCGAUGUUGAAAGGAAAAAAAAGU